CUCGAAAUAUUCGCACGACUUUUGCUAUAUCUACGGAAUAAGAAAAUGCCUGGGGUAAUCGGAAAGCGCAAGAGGGUUGCCGAUACUGUGGGAGCUGUGGAAAAGCCGAAGAAAACGGUUGGGUACAUCAAGGGAGAGAUCGCGACGUUGGAGCAGGAGAUCAACGAGUCGGCAAAGAACUACAACCACUUCGCAGCGCUUCUGAAUUACUGUGGAUCAAAGAAUGGAGACAUUGUUCACGCUGCGACUGCUGCGCUUUACAGGCUUUUCGCUACGUUCUUGAAGGAGGGUAAACUCGUUAAGCCAGCAGAGAACGACAAAUCACCGGCCGCCACUGUUGCUCUCUGGCUUCGCGGAAAGUAUGUCGAUUACUCCAAGAAGUUGUGCACUCUGCUGGAUCACCCUGAGGCGGGAGUUCAGCUCACUGCCCUGACGCUCUUGUUGCGUUUGUUGAAAGAUGAGAGUGUCCAGUUGUCGGAGUCGCAAGGGAGCGCACAUUUCGCCAACGACCAUUAUAUGAGGACAGUGGAGGCAGUGCUUUACAGUUCUAGCUUGAGCGAUGAAGUGCGGGAUGUCUUUGUUACGAAGCACUGGAAUGUGCAUGACGAUCUGAGAUUCUACUUUAUGAAGAAUGCAACAAAGUUGGCGGAGGAUGCAAUCGCAAUCAAGGAUGAGGAGCCAGAGCGUGUCGCCACUUUCACUGCCAAUCUCCACAACAUCUUGUCUGCAUUAAGAACGAUGCCUACGGACGAGUCAGAAAUCAAUGAAUUCUGGACAAACGGGCCUAAGGCAUCAAAGAAAAAGACACCUCAACUUCUGGACCUUAGCGCGCACAAGAAGACCUUCCAAGAGUGUUGGCUGGCAGCUCUUCGUCUUCCUCUCACGAUGGAUCUGUACAAGAAUGUGCUCUUGAUCAUGCACAAGCGUAUCGUUGUCCACAUGCCCAAGCCUCAGUUGCUUAUGGACUUCUUGACAGACUCGUACAACGCCGGUGGACCCAUCGCUCUUCUUGCAUUAAACGGAUUGUUCCAAUUGAUGCAAAGCCACAACCUCGACUACCCUAACUUCUUUAAGCAGCUUUACAAUCUCUUUGACCGCAACCUCAUGCAUGUUCGGUACCGGUCAAGAUUCGUGCGUUUGGUCGACCUCUUCUUGUCGUCUACUCACUUGCCUGCUGGUAUUGCGGCAUCGUUUAUCAAGAGGAUGUCACGUCUUUCGUUGACUGCUCCGCCUGCGGCCAUCGUCAUCAUCAUUCCCUUUACCUACAACCUUCUCAAGCGUCAUCCAACAUGCAUGACGCUCAUCCACAAGAUGGGAGAAAUCACUACUGGGGCGGAGGAUCCAUUCGACCCUGAGGAGCCUGAGCCGCUUAACAGCAGAGCUUUGGAAUCUUCGCUUUGGGAGUUGGCGACCCUUCAGAAUCACUACCACCCUAAUGUGGCCACGCUCGCGAAGAUCUUGCAGGAGCAGUUUACGAAGCCGUCCUACAAUCUUGAGGACUUCCUCGAUCACAACUACUCGACCAUGUUGGAUGCUGAACUGACCAGACAUAUGAAGAAAGUGCCGGCUAUCGAGUUUGAGGCACCUAAGUCUGUUUUCUGCAUGCCGAAGGCGAAGGAUGGGGAGGAGGCUGCAGUUGUGGAGGUCGG